GGGUCCUCCAUGAACUACUGUCUCCACGUGAGUUUAUCAACAUGGUCGGCGGCAGAUAGCUCCAAACAGCCGUAAACCUAACACGUUAGAUAAUAGAAAGUGAAUAGAUCUCCGAGAGUUUUAAUUAAGGAGGACGAUGGCGACAGUCCGCAAGAAAGUAGACAACCGAAUCCGGGUCCAGAUCGAGAAUGGAGUCACCCUUCAGCAGCGGACCAUGUUUGUGGUGGUGGGAGACCGAGGGAGAGACCAGGUGGUGAUCCUUCAUCACAUGCUGUCCAAAGCCGCCGUCAGAGCUCGACCCUCCGUCCUUUGGUGCUAUAAGAAAGACCUCGGGUUUAGCAGCAAUCGGCAGAAGCGGAUGAGACAGCUGCAGAAAAAGAUCAAGACCGGGACCCUGAAUCUGAACCAGGACGACCCGUUUGAGCUCUUCGUUGCUGCCACCAACAUCCGCUACUGUUACUACAACGAGACGCACAAGAUCCUGGGAAACACCUACGGCAUGUGUGUCCUGCAGGAUUUUGAAGCACUCACUCCCAACCUGUUGGCGCGAACUAUUGAGACGGUGGAAGGAGGCGGCAUCGUGGUGAUUCUCCUCAGGACGGUGAACUCUCUGAAGCAGCUCUACACUAUGACCAUGGAUGUGCACUCCCGGUACAGGACUGAGGCUCACCAGGACGUGGUCGGCAGGUUCAACGAAAGAUUCAUCCUGUCUCUUGCAUCUUGCAAAAACUGCGUUGUCAUCGACGACCAGCUCAACAUCCUGCCGAUCUCCAGCCACAUGGCGAACAUCAAGCCAGUUCCUCCAAAGACCCAGGAGGACGGUUUAUCUCCUCGAGAGCAGGAGCUGAAGGAUAUUAAGGCGUCUCUGCAGGACACUCAGCCUGUUGGCGUGUUGGUGGACUGCUGCAGGACCAUGGAUCAGGCCAAGGCCGUGCUGAAGUUUAUUGAAGCGGUUUCCGAGAAGACCCUGAGGAGCACCGUGGCUCUGACCGCCGCUCGAGGUCGAGGCAAAUCUGCUGCGAUGGGGCUGGCCAUCGCGGGAGCUGUGGCGUUCGGCUACUCCAACAUUUUUGUAACGUCCCCGAGCCCCGACAACCUGCACACCAUGUUCGAAUUCAUCUUUAAAGGCUUCGACGCUCUGCAGUAUCAGGAGCAUCUCGACUACGAAAUCAUCCAGUCUUUGAAUCCCGAGUUCAACAAAGCGGUGGUGCGAGUGAACGUCUUCAAAGAACACCGGCAGACGAUUCAGUACAUCCAUCCCGGAGAUGCGGUGAAACUGGGCCAAGCUGAGCUGCUGGUGAUCGACGAGGCUGCAGCCAUCCCUCUCCCCCUGGUGAAGAAUCUCCUCGGACCAUACCUGGUUUUCAUGGCCUCCACCAUCAACGGGUACGAAGGCACCGGGCGCUCUCUCUCUCUCAAGCUCAUCCAGCAGUUGAGGCAGCAGAGCGCAGAGAGUCAGCAGAACCUGUCGGCAGAGAACAGGAACUCCAACACAGCAAGGCUGGCAGCAGCCCGCACUCUGCACGAGGUUUCCCUGCACGAGUCCAUUCGCUACGCUCCCGGUGACGCGGUGGAGAAGUGGCUCAACGAGCUGCUCUGUCUCGACUGUCUGAACAUCCCCAGACUCAUCUCCGGCUGCCCGCUGCCACAGGCCUGUGACCUGUACUAUGUCAACAGAGACACGCUCUUCUGUUACCACAAGGCCUCCGAGGCUUUCCUGCAGCGGCUCAUGGCUCUCUAUGUGGCGUCGCACUACAAGAACUCCCCCAACGACCUGCAGAUGCUGUCGGACGCUCCGGCCCAUCACCUCUUCUGCCUCCUGCCUCCCGUUCCUCCCACACAGAACUCUCUGCCCGAGGUCCUCGCCGUGGUGCAGGUGUGUCUCGAAGGAGAGAUUUCCAGGCAGUCCAUCCUCAACAGUCUGUCCAGAGGGAAGAAGGCCUCGGGGGAUCUGAUUCCCUGGACUGUCUCAGAGCAGUUCCAAGAUCCGGACUUCGGCAGCCUGUCCGGAGGCCGAGUCGUGCGCAUCGCCGUCAAUCCAGACUACCAAGGGAUGGGCUACGGCUCCAGAGCGCUGCAGCAGCUGCAGAUGUACUACGAGGGCAAGUUCCCCACCAUGGACGAGAGCGCGCAGCCAGCCCACUCCCAGAUCGCCUCCGUCAGCAGCGAGGCGGUCAGUCUGCUGGAGGAGGUGCUCACUCCUCGCAAAGAGCUCCCUCCUCUGCUGCUGAAGCUCAGCGAGCGGAGAGCCGAGAGGCUGGACUAUUUAGGGGUUUCCUACGGACUCACCACGCAGCUGCUCAAGUUCUGGAAGAAAGCGGGUUACACGCCGGUCUAUUUAAGACAAACACCUAACGAGUUAACAGGAGAGCAUUCCUGCGUGAUGCUGAAGGAGCUGAACGCAGACGAGGCUUCGGAGCAGACCCCGUGGCUGGUCGCCUUCUGGAAAGAUUUCCGCAGGCGCUUCCUGUCGCUGCUCUCCUACCGGUUCAGCAGCUUCCACCCGAGCCUCGCACUCAGCAUCCUGCAGAAUAAGAAGCUGAAGGAGGAGGCCAUGCCUCUCAGCAGCUCCGAGCUGGCUGCCCACUUCACCCCGUAUGACCUCAAACGCAUGGAGCUGUAUUCGAGGAGCAUGGUGGACUACCACCUCAUCAUGGACCUGAUCCCCACGGUGGCUCGCAUCUUCUUUCUCAAGCAGCUGGGGGACGUCUCCCUGUCUGCAGCACAGUGUGCGCUGCUGCUGGGAAUGGGACUGCAGCACAAAUCCGUGGAUCAGCUAGAAAAAGAAAUCGAGCUCCCAAGCUCUCAGCUCCUGGGUCUCUUCAACCGUCUCAUCCGUAAAUUUGUGCAAGUGUUCACCAGCAUCCAGGAGAAAGCAAUUGAAGCUGAGAUGGUCACUAGUAAAGAUGUCAGCAUGGAGCCGACUGUCAGGAGCCUUAAUGAAGACCUGACUGAAGCUGCUAAAGAGUUUGAGGAGCAGCACAAAAAAGAUGUGGAGAAAGUGAAGGAAAUGGACCUGGAAGAGUACAAGAUUCGUGGAGACGAUGAGGAGUGGGACCAGGUCCUGAAGAAGGCAGGGACCACGGCUAUCGUCAGCAUCAAGAGCGACAAGAAGAGGAAAUGGGAGGGAGGAAAUGCCGUAACGAGCAAUGGGGCUGAGAAGCAGCCGAAGAAGGAAAUGAAACAUGGAAAAUUCAAGAAAAACAAGGACAAACAUGGGAAAUUUGGGAAGAAGGCACGAUAAACUGCAGAGUGAUGGGACUGCACAUUAAUUUUGGGACUUACUUGUAGAUGCCUCUUUAUACUCAGUUCAUUUUAUUUUUCUGCUUCUCAGUGCUGAGUUACUUUCUACAGUUUCCACAAUGAACUUGUUCAACAAUGUAAACCAGUAAAAACUUCACCUCAACAUAUUAAAACAUUUUUAUAUAUGUA